AUGUGGUCCGACAGCAAUGGACAGAUUUUCCUGGCAGCAUGCACUGCGGCUGCCCUGUUCCAUUGCCACAUCAUAGGAACACAUGCCCUCACAGCUUUGAACAAGAUGCGCGACUACUUGCAAAGAGGUGGGCAACAUGCCAUGGACGCUGGGAGUGUGGAAGAGGAGAUGGAGAAGCUGAGGGCCCUCAACCUCCGUUAUGGCGGCAUGGUCAUUUGCCACCUCGAUCUUCUGUACGUUCUGCACAGCGUAUGGAAUCUUCUGCACGACCAGAAUAUACCGCACGCUUAUGACUUAGCUUCCGCCUUCUGCGCCUACGGCGUGAGCCUCGGCAUCAGCAGCGGCCACGUGGCGCCGUCCCGAAAGGUGCUUGGAUUUGCAAACUUUGUGCUCAUACCCAUGGUCAGCCUCGGCGCCUGGGAUCCACACCUGCCGAACACCGACACGGGGCUGCGGUUUCAAGCGAUCACAAUCGUGCACAUGAUGGCUGCAUUCCUAUACUUGGACAUGACUAUGUUUAUUCCAUCUGCGCUCCUUCAAAGCUUGAUCAGCGUAGCAGCGUCCGCUUACUUCAGAGGCAGCUCACAGCUGACUGCGGAGUUCGUCUGUUUGCAUGUGUGGAUACUGCUUGGGCGAAUCGGCAUCCUAUGCUUGUUCGAGAUUGCAGUGCAUAACUACCUGGGGUCGAAUCAGAAGUUGGAGAAAGCCCACAGUAUGAUUGCAGGGUUCCAGAAGAUUCUGAAAGGGCUGAGCGACGGAAGCCUUCUACUUGAUGAGCAGCUGCGCAUCCAUGGGCCUUCCACAUCUUUGCAGCAGCUCCUCGUGGACCGGACAGACUUCACAGGAGUCGACUUCGAGUCGCUCAUCGUGGAUGCGGAGGGGAGGGAGCGCUUUGCUGCCUUCAUCGAGGCCUCACGUGCUGCUGCCGGGGAGCCCAUGUCGGCACCGUCCUGCUUACGACUGGCUCUCAGAUCUGGCUCUGGUGGCGUC